CUUCGUCUUUAAAAUCUAUAUUUACUUAUAAAAGUCAUAUGAUAGCAUAAUAUUAGUUUGACAAAGGGUUACUGUGAGUGUGUAGUUCAUGCAUGGGUGGGUUAGGGUGCCGAACUUGAAAUAAAUUCGAGUUGGUUAGGGACCUAAGCUCCUGAAAUAAUCAAGUCAACAUAAAUUAGCAUCAUGUGGCUACUUCAAUUGUACUUUAUCAUAGCCACUCUACGUUGCACUUACGCUGUACUACACGUGAAUUCGUCUGAAGUAGGUUCGGGACAUUAUACAGAGAUUGUGAACCUGCUAGAACACAUUUCAGGGUUGGACAGCAAUAAUGUAACUCUAUCAGAAGAGGACUCAAAGUGUCCCGUUCUUCAAAUUGGUGUAUACUCUACCCUGGCAAUGCCUGCAGCCGAGGCAUUCGGAUUAAGGUUUGCGGAGGAGUUCAGCAUCCUUCUCCAACUGAGAAGCUCUCAGGAAGAGGACCGCAGCCUGCUGACCCUGCUCAACUUCCACAACCACGUCCUGCUGCAGCUUCGUCUCGGGCCCUACAGCCUUACCUUCAUCAGCACACAGCAGCGCGACUAUGAGUUUCCAGUCUCAGUGUCUGAUUCCCAGUGGCACCAUGUCUCUAUUGGAGUGUCCUCCAAAGGGCUGGCACUGUAUGUAGACUGUGUGCUGGUUGAGACGGUAAAGUGGGUCUACCCCUACAUGGGCAUCACUACGGAGGGGCUGCUGACUGUAGGUGGCAUCCUGGAGGGAUUUGAGACACCGUUUGAGGGAGAGCUGAGACAGAUGACCUUUCUGAUGGGAGACUCGGACGGCGCCAAAUAUCACUGCAGCCUCUACAGCACGGAGUGCGAAGUCUCAAAGACCCUGCGGUCCACAGAUAAAACACAGGGGAGCGUAUUCUCCUCUGGGCAGCCAAUAGACCUCACAGAGAGCUCCGCUGAUGACGAAGGCCCAGUUCUUGGGCACGCGACACAAGAUGUGAGGCCCGGCAUCAGAGAAACGAAGGCUCCGGUCCCAAAGCUGUCCUCGGGCUUGAAUGUCAGUGAUCUAACAAAGAAUAACACCGAAUGGGAUCUUCAAAACUUAGACCUUAAGAAUGUCAGCCUUGCAAUGGAGAGUGGCGUGGAAGCUGCUAAGCACCCAGUAAUCACUACAAACAGUCACAGCCAAGGAACCGACGACCGCAUAGUGCUCACCUCCGUCACAGCGUUGAGUCCAAGCACAAGUGCAGACCGCAGAAUAACACAGACAGGACCUUCAGAUGGAAUCAUUGACCUGGACUCUCCCUCCGCCACUGAUUUAGAACGACACCCCAAUAAAGCCCAACGUCAACAACCUGACCUAAAUGUACUUACUGAAGAGGACCUCUUGCCACACACUAUAUCAACUGAUCCUUUGAAAAGUGGAUCAAAAAUUACCACAGUGGACAAUGGAGGACAGGGCAGGAACCAAGUCACUGGCAUUGGGCACACCACUGUGCCACAGGCUGUACCAAAGCAUGGAGAUAUCAUCACAGGUCUGGACGGGAGGCAAUAUAGACUCCUCAGAGGAGCGCCAGGACCGUUUGGUCCUCCGGGGCGGAGAGGAUGUGCUGGACGAGAAGGUUUUGUUGGUUUCAAAGGUGACAAGGGUUCUCUAGGCCCAGUUGGGAGGGAUGGGAUGAGGGGGGAGCCUGGACCCCCGGGAUUUCCCGGCCUGCCCUCUCUCUAUCUGUGGAGGAACACCCCGGAGGACUGGGCCGCUUUUAGGAGAACAUCCUUUUUUCAAGCUUUACACUCAGGAUGGCCUAGAGAGCAGGGCUCUCCUGGACCAAUUGGGGAGAUGGGAAAGCCUGGCCCUCCUGGCAUUCCAGGAGAACCGGGACAGAGAGGGGUAACCGGACGCAGAGGCGACAUGGGCAGCUUUGGGCCUAAGGGAGUGAGUGGACGAGCAGGGACAUGGGGUAGAGAUGGACAACCUGGGCCUGAUGGAACUCCUGGACCUCGAGGAUUACCUGGCCUAAAGGGCCCACGGGGUGACAAAGGAGAGUCUGCUCCUCCUGGAGAGAAGGGGGAGGAGGGCUUUCCUGGUGCUCCAGGCCUCCGUGGUGAUAUAGGGAGAGAAGGAGAGAAGGGCUCCACAGGAGAACCAGGGCUACCAGGACCUGUUGGUCCAGCUGGUCCCAUGGGCAAUAGAGGUAUACAAGGGAUUUCAGGGACCCCAGGAAUUGAGGGUCUUCCUGGACGCAGUGGCAAAUCAGGACCACCAGGGGCAGUGGGAGCCCCAGGAGUUACUGGCAUGGUCGGAGCACAGGGAGUAAACGGCACAGAGGGUGAUAUCGGGCCCACUGGCCCAAUUGGUCGCAGAGGCCCGCAGGGUCUGGUUGGAGCUGAGGGGUUUCGGGGGCCUGCAGGGCCCAGAGGACCUCAAGGUUUGCCUGGUAUGGGUGGUCCUCAGGGUCUUAAAGGAGACCUAGGCCGAGAUGGGCCAGUUGGUAGUAGAGGUCUGCAGGGCAUUGAAGGUGCUAUGGGUGUGACAGGAACCGCUGGUCCAAAUGGCUUUCGAGGAGACCCAGGCCCAAGGGGCGAUAAUGGAGACAAGGGGGAUGCUGGAUCUAAAGGAGACCAUGGUCUUAUUGGUGUUCCUGGUGUCAUGGGACCUCAAGGAGAGAGGGGUCAGAUUGGCCUUUCUGGCUCACCAGGUCAGAGAGGUCAGCCGGGGCUGCCAGGAAAUCAGGGUGAAGCAGGGGAAGCUGGUCUCCAGGGGGAUGUUGGGAAGGAAGGUCCCAAGGGCAAUAAAGGGACUCCUGGUCAUGAUGGAGGUCGAGGAUUGAAAGGCCCCAAGGGUCGAACAGGACAGGAUGGCCCUGGUGGUGUUCCUGGAAUUCCUGGGUUGCGGGGUCUUCCAGGAAUUGAAGGACCAGAAGGAAAGCCUGGUACACAGGGAGCAGUUGGUCCAGUCGGCAGUCCUGGCGACAGAGGUGUCACUGGGCCCAGGGGUUUAGUUGGAGAACCAGGACAAGGAGGGCCUUCUGGGAGCCCUGGUUCUCCUGGACAUCCAGGACAAAAUGGCAUUCCGGGUCCCCCGGGUGAGAGGGGUUUUUCUGGGAAGCCUGGUUCAGAGGGAACUCAGGGGCCUAUAGGCAUGUAUGGAUACCCAGGAUCUCUUGGUUUGCGUGGACAACCUGGUCAUAUAGGCCAAAGGGGGGAUCAAGGAGUAAGAGGCCAUGUUGGACAGCUUGGAAAGUUUGGACCUCAAGGUUUACCAGGACCUCGGGGUGAAGCAGGGCCUCCGGGACCUCAGGGUCACCAGGGAGAGCCAGGGCCCAGGGGAGUUCAGGGAGCACCUGGUCCCCUUGGCCUGCCAGGUGUUGUGGGAGUGAUGGGAAAGGGAGGUCCUCCAGGAUCCCCAGGGCCUGUGGGAGCGUCUGGGCCAAAAGGACCUGCUGGAUUGCCAGGUAAAGCUGGCAUCGAUGGGCCUAUGGGACAAACAGGGGGAAAGGGUGAGAGGGGGACAUUGGGACCUUCUGGAGAUGCUGGUCCUUCUGGCAUGGAUGGCCAACAGGGUCUUCCAGGUCGUGCUGGAGUAGAGGGUCCGCCAGGACAAAAAGGUGAACAGGGAGAGUCAGGCCCGUCUGGAAGGCCUGGAACUCUAGGACCUCCUGGAGAUCCUGGGCUGCAGGGCGUCCAAGGCCACCAGGGUGAGCGAGGGCUGAGAGGAAAACAGGGAGAUGCUGGUGUUCCUGGCCAUAUUGGUGAAAAAGGUCCCAAAGGAGAAAAAGGAGAUUUAGGGGCACAAGGAUUUGCUGGUUUGCCUGGGUUCCCAGGAGUGUUUGGGGUCAAAGGAGACAGGGCCAGUAAAGGAAACAAGGGUCACGUGGGACUUCUUGGUGAAGCUGGGCUGAUGGGGAAAAUGGGACCCUCAGGCUUGAUGGGACUAGAGGGUGUUGCAGGUCCUUGGGGGUCCCCUGGGCCUGAUGGCCCUCCAGGGCGAAAGGGGGACGUGGGAUCAAGAGGUGCAAUAGGUGUCCCUGGAACUUUAGGUCAACAGGGGCCACCAGGGAACAGGGGGAUAAAAGGACACACUGGUAGUCCUGGCCCAAAGGGACUGAUGGGGCAACCAGGCCACUAUGGCGCACUUGGUCCAAAGGGCUUCUCUGGUCAAGAGGGGACUCGAGGUGACCCAGGGGAGAAAGGGGAGCCAGGAGAGAUGGGACCAGUGGGUUUACCUGGAAUAAGAGGACCUAACGGACCUCCUGGAUUAGAGGGGACACCUGGUGAGAUGGGGGCUGAUGGACCAAAUGGUUCUCCUGGACCUGAGGGACAGACAGGCCAAAGAGGACCUGAGGGAAGACAAGGUGUGAAAGGACAAAAGGGAAAAGAUGGUCGAGAUGGACGAUCAGGAAAAACAGGGUAUAGUGGACUAAGGGGGAAAAGAGGUGAAGCUGGAAUCAGAGGGCCUAGAGGGACAUCGGGAGAAAAGGGUAAACAGGGGGAUAGGGGGAAGAUUGGACCACCAGGAAGACAAGGGCUAUAUGGCACACCAGGCAUCCGCGGUGAGAAGGGAGUAAAUGGGAAGAAGGGUGUGGAGGGAGAGCCAGGGAUGAGGGGGUUGCCAGGUCCUCCGGGUAUUCUAGGGCCGAAGGGAACACAGGGCCUUUUGGGUAAUGAUGGACAGGGCGGACCCAAAGGGGAGCAGGGGGACAUCGGCCCACCUGGACGAAGAGGAACCCCUGGGCUUCCUGGCAUGCCUGGAUUGUUUGGUGAAAAGGGUCCAAAAGGGUAUGAAGGACAACCUGGCCCAAAGGGGACAAGAGGACCACCUGGGUUACCGGGAGCACCAGGACCUCCUGGGAUAUCUCUGAACCUCACACUGAUACAACUGAAGGAUCUCACCUACUUGGCAGACAAGCCCAACUAUCCUCUGAUUAGAACCUUACUAGAUUCCCUACAACAGGACCUGCGUUGGUUUUUAAACCCACCAGAGGGCACCAAAGAGCAUCCAGCCACCAGCUGCCUUGAGCUGUGGCUGUCACAGCCCAACUUCACCAGUGGGAUGUAUUACAUUGACCCAAAUCAGGGCAGCCCUGCUGAUGCCUUUCUGGUCUACUGUGACCUCACUUCAGGUGGAAAAACAUGCCUGUCUCCAUGGAAAUCUCAGUUACCACUGAGAUCCUGGCUGAAGGACUCCGAGUCAGACUCAUUUCAGUGGCUCAGUAAUAAAGAAGGUGGCUUUCAGUUUGAGUACGCAGAGAGCAGCGUGGUGCAGAUGAGGUUCCUUAGACUCAACAGCAACCUGGCCAGCCAGAACAUAACCUUCACCUGCCAGCCCGGCAGCAGGCAAGGACCAACAGAGAGGGAGAUUAAAUUCCUCGCUGACACAAGGAGGCAAAGUUUUGUGGGCACAUUACGUGAUUGUAUGCCUGGUACAGCGUUCGACCUUGGAUCCCGGGAGUCUGUGUUCCAGUUUGAGACCAACGACCUGGAUCUUCUACCAAUCAGAGACGUGGCUUUGUUUGGCAACAGUGACCUCACUGAAGAGUUUAGCUUCACUGUUGGGCCUGUUUGCUUCAGUUAGGACCAAUUGCAUAUAUGCUCAGCCUGGAGGACAGCUGAUCUUAGGAGUGCUUUUCAUUUGGCCCUCAAGCAAAGGAGAGGCGGAUUUGGGGGAAAGCUGAAAAUGAAAGGGCAACGACCAGGACAAGGAUGUUUUGUACUCUACUUUGUGCUGUCGGGGACCAGGAAAUCUAGUGUAUCAGCAAGAAAUUGCCGUUGAACAUCAUAAACUCUUUGUCCACCUUUUCACAUGGCAGUUACAUUUUGGUUUAAGCAGAUUAUCACAUUAUGUUUUGUUUACAAAGGCUUUAGAAACUUGAUACUGGUGCUUAUUUAUAUAUGUUGGUUAUGUGUAUGAUUCUUUUGCCUAGAUUGUGUAAAGAUUAUUUGUACUUUCAAGUGCUGGAUUUACUUCUUUUUUUUUUUACAUCAGGUAUGUUCAUGACCAGAAGACUGUGGACAAAUCAGUGUCAGAUCUCUCUAACAAUGUGCUCUAAAUUAGAGACACUGCUAACUUUGAUAAACAAUAUGAAACCUCACCACCAACUUCCAACAUUUACCCGUUAUUUUGAAUUAGUUGAUUUCUCAACAAUCAUUGUACACAAACCUUUGACAUGCCAGUGCUCAAAGUGCUACUUACUUUGAUAUGGGACUGCAAUUAAAAAUCUCAUUGAUAUUGCCAGGAUGCAUAAUUAACUGAAACAGACUGAUCAUUUGUAUUUUUCAGGUGUCUGUCUGUGCACAUGGCAUUGUCAAUUAUAUCAUGCACACCUUGUCAUCACUUAGGGAAACAUAUCUUUCUGUCAUAAUGACAUAAUCUAUGAUUUUCCACUACUUACCUACCUAGCUAGUAUGAACUUGUGUUAUGUGUCUUACUAUGGCAUUCGACUUAGACUGAUUCCCAAUGCUGAUGGAUCAGACCCAGAUUUUGGAUGGAAUAUAGUGCCCCUAAAGUUUUGCAUGAAGUAUACAUUGAUGUGGUUGCCUUAGCUGGCUGAGACAAUGCUGUUUCUUCUGUAUUUGUUUUGUUCUGUUCAUUUUCUUACUGUAGAUGUAUAUUGGUUAUAUUUUUUUAACCUUACUGUAAUUUAUGGUGUGGUCAUUUUGGUCAUUGAAAUAGAUAUCAUACCAUUCCCUAAACUCAAUAACUGCCAGAUUUCAUCUUAUUACAAUUUUUUGUAUAGUAAUAUAUAUUAAAAAAAACUCAGCUGAUGAAUCAUUUUCACCAUCAAGAUGUUUACAGGGUGUUACAGGUCCAGGCUUUUGAUUUAUUAUCCUCUCUCUGUUCGUAUGCUUAGCACUUUCAAGGUUAAAUAACACUUUAGAACCUGUCAAGAAGUGUCAGUUGUGGGGUGUGGUGCCUUCUGAUAACACAUUCUCCCUCUCUUCUCUGCAUUAUGUUUUGUGUUUUAAUAAGCAACAUCUGCAAUAUUACCUUAAAAUGUUCAAAUUAAUUGGUAGGCUAUGCCGAGUGUAAACAAAAUGGUGACAGAACAACAACAACAACAAAAACUGUGGUCUUCAUUAUUUGUUUGGACCACACAGAGUGCAGAGUGCUUACAUGUUUCAUAGCUAUAAUCAGGUCACCACAUUUUGUUUCAUAAGAUUUGUACGAAAUGACAAGAGACCUUUUCAAACUAUCAUGCACUUACAUGCCAUUUAUUGCCUCUUGUCAGGAUGAUUGUGCAAAUUGUAUGUACAUAUUUCAAAUAAACAAACUACUCAAUACUUUAAGUUA